CCCCCGCCCCGCGUCCAACCAUGGCCGCGCCGCCGCCGCCGUAACGCCCGGUGGCACCGCGCUGAGCCGCGGGGGGCGGUCGGCUGUCCGUCCGUCCGUCCGUCCGUCCGUCCGCCGCCCCGCGCGACCCCCCCGCCAUGGCGGAGAGUUUGGCCGAAGCUCCGGGGGACGCCCGGGGGGGGGGAGGGGCGAACCGGGAACUGCUGCAGCGGCUGCGGGAAUUGGAGGAGGAGAACUCGGCUCUGGCUCAGGCCAAUGAGAACCAACGGGAGACGUACGAGCGCUGCUUGGAUGAGGUCGCCAACCACGUGGUGCAGGCGCUGCUCAACCAGAAGGACCUGCGGGAGGAGUGCCUGAAGCUGAAGAAGCGCGUGGCGGAGCUGGAGAGGCAGAACCGGGCGCUGAGCGACCUCUGCCAGCAGCGCCUGCAGCCCCCGCCCGGACCCCCCCCAGCCCAGCUGCGCCCGCUGUCCCCGGACCCCCCCGGCAGCCCUGAGCGCCCACCCGCCCCGCCGCCCCACGGCUGCUGUGCCCCCCCAGCGCAGGUCACCCCAUUGGGACCCCCAUCGAUCACCGCUCUCAGCCCCCCCCUCUGCCCCACCGCCGCCCCCCCCCUGGACGCCCUCUCCCCAUUCUUGAAGAAGAAGGCGCAGAUCCUGGAAGUGCUGCGCAGAUUGGAGGAGGAAACGGACCCUCUGCUGGGGGGGCCCCCCCACACCGCCCCCCCCACCCCCGAGCCCCCCCUUCCCCCAUAUCUGGGCCUAUACGAGGAGGAGAGCCCCGAGGGCGGCUGCCCCCACACCUGGGGGUGCCCUCAGCCCCACUGCUGUCCCCAUCCAUGGGGCUCAAAGGGUCGGGACCCCCCCCCCGCGCUGCGCCUCAGCCCUCAGCUGCCCCGCGCCUCCCGCAUCCCGUGCCGCAGCGGCCCCCCCGAAACGCCCCCCGAGAGCCCCAACUUCCCCCAGCCCCACACUUAUGGGGCGGCCCCGCCCCCCCAACCCCACACUUACGGGGCGACUCCGUCCCCCCAGCCCCAAAGUCACGGCUCAGCCCCGCCCCCCCAACCCCACACCUAUGGGGGGGCGCCAUCCCCGGGGACCCCCCAGCCCCAGUCCUGCGGGGCAUCACCACAGGGACCCCCCCCGCCCCACGCCUAUGGGUCAACCCCGCCCCCCCCGCCCCACACUUAUGGGUCGACCCCUCCCCCUCAGCCGCACACCUAUGGGUCAGCCCCGCCCCCCCACCCUUACGACCCCCCCCCGCCCCCCCCCUCCAUCCCAUCGGACCGAGCAGCCGCGUCCCCCCCCCCCUCCCGCCGCUCCGUCCCGGGGGGUUCCGCUCAGUGCCGCCGCCCCUUUAAGAAACCCCCCGAGUCCUCCGCUGCGCCCCCCCCCCUUAAGGAGCGCUCGGGGGCUCCCACCAAAAGCGGCCCCCCCCCCGGGCGACCCUCAGCUCGGAGCGGCCGCAGCGGCCCGAAACCCCCCGACCCCAUCGGAGGGGGCGGGGGGGGCGCGGGGCCGCGGGGCCGACCGGCUGCGGGCGGGGGGGGCGGCGGAGGGGGCGGCGGACCCCCCCAUACGGCUCCCGUCCCCGCCGCCCCCAAUCCGCCGCCCCCCCCCGCGGCGGGGGCGCAUUCCGCCAUCGAAGAGAAAGUGAUGAAAGGGAUCGAAGAGAACGUAUUGAGGCUGCAGGGGGGGGGGGGGGACGGCAAAGGGAAGGGCGGGGGGGGCGGCGGGGGGGGCGGCGGCGGCGGCGGGGGGGGGGGCGGCGGUCUGGCGGGGUGGCUCGGAUUGCGCCGCAGUAAAUUGCCCGCAUUGCGCGGCCGCGGCGAAUGGGGACCCGCAGCGCUGCGCAGGGACGGCAAAACGGCGGGGGGGCGGAAAGCGGAGACGGAGGGGGUGAAUAUAUCCCGUCUGAUGGAACGGGCGGAGGAUCUGAGGAGGGCGCUGCGGGACGGAGUGCGGGACGGAGUGCGGGACGGAGUGCGGGACGGAGUGCGGGACGGAGUGCGGGACGGAGUGCGGGACGGAGAGGCGGCGCUGCGCGGCGCGGGGAGGGAGGAACUGAAGGGGCGCGGAGGGGCGGCGCGGAGACGCGCAGCGGGACGGGAUGGAACGGCGAGAGAAUUCGUACAGAGACUGCUGGAGAGGGUGGAUGGGAAGGACGCGUCCUAUGAGAGCCGCCUGGAGCACAAACGGGAUCUGUGCCGCAACGGCAUCGUGGGGCACCUGAGGGGCGGCCAGGAGCCCCCCCACAAGGUUCCCAGUGUGGGGCUGCGGGGUGAGCUGCACCCCGAUGAGCGCUUAUCAGAACUGGGGCCGCUGCAGCACUUCGCAGCCUGCAGCUCCCUGACGCGCACUCUGGACAGCGGCAUCGGGACUUUCCCCCCCCCGGAUUAUGGGGGGGUCCCCACGAAAGGAGCCCCCAAACCUCGUGGGAUCGCUGCCCCCCCCCCCAGCGCUCCUCCCGCGCCCCCCCCGCCCCCCCCCAACACCAAAGUACCCCGCAAGGCCCGCACUUUGGAGCGGGAGCUGCCGGGGGUGGAGGAGCUGAUGGGGAAACGCCGCUCCGGCCCCACUGCGCCCCACAGCGGAGUCAGUGCGGCCCAACGGGGGGGGCUGCAGGCCGAUGCUGUGAAGCCGCGCCGCGCUCAGCAGGGCAAGAAUUGGACCUUCCCCAACGCGCGGAGCUGCGGGGCGGCCGAUCCAUUCCUGUGCACCGCGGGGGGGAUGUCUCUUCUCGCCCCCCCCCAUUACAGCCUCCCGUCUGCAGCCCAUCCCCGCGGCGCGGCGCAUCUCCGGACCCCCCCCCCCCCGCUGCCCCCCCCCCUGAGCGCGGGCAGCAGCCGCACCCCCAGCGCGUCCGACGUGGGGGAUGAGGGCGCGCGGAGGUGCGGUCGCGGGGGGGGGGCUGCGGCCCCCCCCGGGUUGGAGCACUCGGAGUCGCUCAGCGAUUCCCUGUAUGACAGUCUGUCCUCCUGCGGCAGUCAGGGCUGAACCCCCCCGCAGACCCCCCCCAAACACCCCCCGCCCCCCCCAUGGGGUGGGAUGCAGUCUUCCACCCCCCACCCCACAAUAAGGGGGGGCUGUGGGGGGUCCCGGUGCUCUGUGCCCCCCCCGCCUUCCCUUCCCUCUCUCUUAUGGUGCUAUCACAUUGUACAGCCCCCCCCCCCCACCCCCCCCACGUUUUUAACUCAAUAAAGCCGCCCCCCCCGCCCCCCCUUUAUUUAUAA